UGAUCGGUGUUUUUUUUUUUUCUUUCAUUUCUUUUCUUUUCUUUUCUUUUUUUCUUUUUUCGAGAUCGAUGAGUUCGAAUAGAGUGGAGUGGAAUGGAAUGGAUGAUCUCAUUUCCUUUGUAUUUAUGGUAAUUAAUGAGGUUAUUCGUAGCUUUGAGCUGUUUCAGUAGAUAUUACUUUUGAAUCUUCUCGUUUCUUGGUACGUUUAUGAUUGAAAAAUGAAUGAUUGUAACGCUCUAUAUGCCACCUUUAUUGUCUUCUUCUUUACUUUUUCAUCAAUAUUGUUGAAAAUCUAUGUAUAUUAGUGUGAAGGGUUUUCGAACACUCAGCGGUUCUCUUUUUGUUGGCAAAAUUCUUGUUCUUGGUUGAAGAGGGAUUUUAGGGUUUCAGCAAUGCUGUAUAUAUUGUGAUAAAACCUUGCAAUUCCAGUGAAAAAUUAUCGAUUCUUGGAAUUGUUUCAUUAUUAAAUUCAUGUUCGUUUGCUUGGGUGUUCGUUUUCUCUCGUUUUCUUUUCUUUAGUUUCUCAAAAAUAGGAUGGGGGCUGGGAGAAGGACGGAGACUAUCACAGUUUCGACUGAUCCAUAUAAAACUCCGAUGCCUGGGAACUCCUCUGUCUCUGCAAGAAAUUUGCGUAAGACCGACCUCGGAGGAGUCAUCUUUGGUUGCUCAAUACACACGAUGAGUGAAUGCCUUUCUAAGCAGCUAUUUGGCUUGCCUUCCAACCACUCACCUUAUGUGAAGAAUAUUGAACCUGGUCUGCCGUUAUUCCUGUUUAACUAUUCCGACAAAAAAUUGCAUGGCGUGUUUGAGGCUGCUUGCCAUGGCCAGAUGUGCAUUGACCCUUAUGCAUGGACUAAGGAUGGUGCAGAGAAAACAAAAUAUCCCGCACAGGUUCGUAUCCGCACCAGGUCACAGUGCGAACCACUUCUCAAGGCCCAAUAUGACAAAGUGAUUGCAGACAACUAUUAUAAACCUAAUUACCUUUGUUUUGAGCUAGAUCAUGCGCAAACACAAGGUCUGCUUGCAUUGUUUAGACCUACGUCUGUCCCUCCUAAUAUCAAGCAAGUUCCACCAACGGCAACUGCUCCCUUAACGGCCGUCAAACGCCAGGCGAGCAAUCCUUGGAAACGUGUGGACAGUCGGUUGGGUGACUCAAAGGGUUUCAACGCAUUUUCUGUUUUGACGGAGGAUAAUAAUCCUUUGUCAGAUAACUGGGGUGAUUGGGAUGCAGAAACCUCAAGCAGUGCUCUUGGUAAGAAGGAAACUGAAGAGAAAAUUUCAGAAUGGGAAAAUAGUGAGGAGACCAUGCUGCUGGAGGAUCCCUUAGUUGUUGAUUCUGCAAAUGAUGAUACUUUGCCGGUAAAUAAUCCUGGUGAUAUUAUGCUUUAUGAAGGCAUAGAGAGCAAGAUAUUGUCAGAAGAACAAUCUAGCUAUGAGAUCAAUAUGCCGAAUAUUCUUCAUAAACUAAAGAAUAUAUCUUUACAACGAAAAUGCUUAAUUUCGUUGUCUAAGGAUAACUAUGUCGCGAGCAGUUCCACACAAGUGCAAGAGAAAGUUAUAGUUCCAGCAGAAAUGAUGAAUUCAGCUAUGCCAGAGGAAAAUGCAAGCACAUCUGCCCAAUUUGAGGGUGAUGCAAAGUUGUUGCAAAUUAUUGAAGAAUUGAGAAAAAAGGCUGCAGCGGUAGAGAAUAAGCAGAUGCAGUCAGAUCAGGAAGUGCAAUCAUUAAGGGGCAUAGUCAUUGAGUCAGAAAAGAAGAUUCAACGGUUGGAACGCCAAGUUCAUGUGUUGGAAUCAAAGCUUUAUCCAUCUAUUUCCCUUAGCAGCGCGGCCACACCACUGGCUGAAGCAGAGCAAGCUAUUUACCUAAUGGGUGGCUACAAUGGCACCACCUGGUUAUCGACCUUGGAUUGUCUUUCACCAGCGACGGACAGUCUAGUAUCUCUCAGGCCGAUGAGUGUCACACGCUCAUAUGCAUCAGCAGUUGCAUUGAGCAAUAAUAUCUUUGUUUUUGGCGGUCGAGACACAGAAUCAUGUUUUUCAACAGUUGAAUGUUACAACAAAAGGAACGAUGAUUGGACAAUGUGCCCUCGUUUGAAUCGUCCGAAGGAAGGUCUUGCUGGAGCAACUCUCAAUAAUAAAAUAUUUGCUAUUGGGGGAGGAAAUGGACCGGAGACGUUCUCAGAAGUUGAGAUGCUUGAUCCAGCUCUCAGUCGAUGGAUUUACAGUACACCUUUGCUUCAUAGGCGGUUUGCUCCUGGUGCAGUAGAAUCUGGUGGGGUGAUUUACGCUGUUGGUGGAUAUGAUGGAUCCUGUUACCUGCAGUCAGCUGAACGAUAUGAUCCGAGGGAAGGAUACUGGACGAGGCUCCCCAAUAUGAACUUGAGAAGGGGUUGUCCUUCAUUGGCCGUCCUUAACGGGACUAUAUAUGCAAUAGGAGGAAUUGGCGAUGGAAGAACGGCGGUUUCUACUGUUGAAACCUUUGAUCCUCGACUUAGUUCCUGGAUGAUGGGCAGGCCAAUGAACAUUGAUAGAGCAUAUUUUUCUGCGGUAGUGCUGGAUAAUGUUUUGUUUGCUCUUGGUGGGCUUCAAGGCGGCACUGUUUUGGAGUCUGUGGAGUGCUACAGUGGGAGGACCGGUUGGUUCAUGCAGGACUUCAGAUCAUUUGAGAAGAGGAGCUUCUUCUGUGCCGUUGUUCUGUAAGUAUGGUGAUUCGAUCCCCUCGAUACAACAGUAUACUAGCUUAGAGUCCCUUUUUUUUUUUCUCUUUUUCCUUUUUCUUAAACUGAGAAGCAUUUUUGUGAGGAUGCCUCGGCAUCGUUUUACAGCUUCCAGUUGUGCAUAUUCUGAAUCAUGAUUUUUCCAAACAUGUGAAUCAUGACAUCUGUUCGUGGAUGAAAGAAGGUCCAAAUUACUAACUCUACUUGGGGUUCAG